CAUGAUCAAAUUACUUGUCAAUCAUACGAGAUCAAAAAAGUGCGCCGUUCUGAAAAGGAGCAAAGGCGAGCGAAGACCCACCGGUAAUGUUGUUCAUGAACGCUCGCAUUUAGGUUUCCUUGCAUGGUGUGCUAGUAGUAGUACGAGCAUGCGCUGGCGCUGGCUGAAAGGAUAAUAGCUCUGUUUUCAUCAAUGCUAUGCUAGAGCCAAACGAGUGGAGUGGCUGAUGGUGUUGUCACUUACCGGAGAGCGUCCCGAGGUGGUUUUCCCAAUGCAUGUUGCACAGCAAACUCUAAGCAACGUGGGAGAUAUUUACACAGAGAGGGUCGGUCAUCCAGCACAAUAAUCCGAAACCCACUUCUAAUAUAUUUGGGAUGUUUACUCAAGGCGCAGUGUUCAGAACUUCUUCACACCAUUACCAGUGCCCAUGUAUGACGACCCAUACAUCCUACGCAUAGCAUCGACAGUGUAGUGCACCCCUCAUUGGACCGAUACCAGUCACCCGUGCACCUCUUGUAUCCAUCACAUUUAGGAAUACGCGCCCAAUGACAAGUACACAAGUUUCGCGUCUUUACUCUUGGUCAUUUCCACUUCUCGAUAUCAACUUCUUUUCAUCUCCUCAAAUAAGAUUGAGGUAACAGCAAAAUUAUCGUGUGAUUGGAAUCAAAUUCCACCCGAUUUCUUCGGGGGAUAACCACAGAACAUAAUGCCAGCUCAGACUCCUGAAAGGUCGUCCUUCGUAAUGGAAGACUCAGAACUUUUGGGGACCAGUUCCAAGUCGGUGCAGGAGCAAGUGUUGUCAGGCCAAGUUCUCCUCAUGGACUACAGACCAAAUUCGGCCUUCUGUCGAUCACAUAUAGAAGGGGCCGUGAACAUUUGCUUGCCAGGAAUUCUCCUUCGGAGGUUAAAGAAAGGAAAGAAUCUCUCAUUGAAAUGUUUGAUUCAAGGAGAUGAAGGAAAUAAGGACCUGUUCAUGAAAAUGGCCAGCAAAGUUCCUCUCAUUCUUUAUGAUGAGAAUUCUAGCAACAUUAAUGCAAACUCAGAUACCCCAUUUGUUCUGUUACUGAGGAGACUCAAAGAGGUUGGUUAUCGGGUUACCUAUUUGAGAGGUGGAUUUAGUGAAUUCUAUAGACUGUUCCCUCACUUAUGCCAAACAACGGAAGACAGCGACUCUGAUGAGUGUUCUUUAACGGACUUGGGCUUUGACAGACUUAAGAUAGAGACCACAGGGUUGGUUGAAGCAGAAACCCCAUUGGACAACCGAUAUCCCGCCCAGAUCCUUCCCUACUUGUACCUCGGAACCAAGCAGGAUUGUGAAAACUUUGAACUGCUCUCAAAACUGAGGAUACGUUAUGUUUUGAAUGUAACACCCAAUAUCCCAAACUGUUUUGAAGAUAAUGGGAUCAAAUACAUGCAGAUACCUAUCAUGGACCAUUGGAGUCAGAACCUGGCAGCAUUCUUUCCUAAAGCCAUUGAGUUUAUUGAUGAAGCUCGCCGUGCCAAAUCUGGCAUCCUUGUUCACUGUCUGGCAGGUGUAAGCCGCUCUGUGACUGUAACUGUAGCAUACCUCAUGCAAAAGCUCUGCCUCUCUCUCAACGAUGCAUAUGAUUUUGUCAAGAAACGCAAGUCCAACAUCUCCCCCAACUUCAACUUCAUGGGUCAGCUAAAAGAGUUUGAACAGAAGCUCACAACGAGUCCAUGUCGGACUGGUUCAUGUCGGUGUGCAGUUGAUGGCUGCCACUGCCUCAGCCCAGACCCCACCUCAUGGAUGUCAACAUCCUCAUCGGCAUCCUCAUCCACCUCAUCAACCUCAUCGUUGUCCAGUGAACUUACAACUCCGGCCAGUAGUGUCAGCACCAGCACAUGUUCAGCAGACAGUAGGAGAGGGGAAUUUGAUUUUCAUUUAGAUACCUGAACUGAAACAAGGUACAGGCCUGUUAUUAAAAGGCCGUUAUUAGACUGUAAAUUCAUUUGUGAAGUUCUGAAAGUUUAUCAGUCUGAAAGAACACCAGGAAGUGUGAUUUUUUGUAGAAGAUCACAGAAAGAAGAAGCAAUAAAUGAUGUACUGUAGCAGAUAGGAACAGCCUUCUAUCCAAUGAUAUUGUGGUUUACUGCAUUUAGGGUUCUACAUGCUACAAGAUUAAGUAUGAACAAAGGAUAUAGAUCUCAUCUAUAAGUUAUCCUAAGAAUGAUUAUCUCCUCUACCACCACCAGUUUUCAGUGCACAACGCAUAAUUAUGUCACCAUGCCAUAAAGUGUUUGUAAAUUCCUGUAAGAUUUCUUUGUGAAUGUGUGUCUAUUCACAAAUAUUGGUAAAAAUUGUAAUUGACCAACUGUCAAUAUUACCAUAUUGUUGGUUUAAACAUACUAGAACGUUGGAUGAUCUUGAGAUUUUUGCCACUUUUUUGGUUGGACACAUAUUCACCAAGAAAUAUUACCUGGUCGAAACAUUGCAAAAGCCAAUCUCGAAAGCCCUCAUUAAAAUGCAACUGUCUACCAAUGUGUAAGUCAAGUUUUAUUAGAAGCGUAGUCAUUUUGCAAGUCUUGUAGUUGGCAUAUACAUGAUUGACAUUCUAAAAUGGAAACCUGUUGAGCUCUGAUCAUAGAAAUAGUAGAAGAACUUCAAGCAAGUUGAAGAUUUAUCCAUUUUCUUUGUACUUUACAACUUACAAAUCAUCUGAACAAUGCUGAAAUGAAAGGAAAGUACAUACAAAUAAUUCAAGAUGUCUUCUGUUUAUUAUCACAUGAUGAUUUAGCAUUUAUGCCUUUCUUUAAGUUCAUUUAAGUAAUUGCAAGCAUUUAAUCCUGGGGCCUGCUGCAUAAAAGAAAAAAACUCUGGCAUUUUUUUUUUUGGGGGGGGGUUGCCAGAGUUUUUUUUAAUGGGAAAAGUUUUAUGCAACAGGCCCUUGAUGGAGCUAUUGUUUUGGCCUUAGUGAUAGCAUCUGCUUCCUAUUUUCAUCUUUUCCUCCCUUUUUUACCAUCCCACCUGAAUAAAGGUGCUAUUUAAUUUCAUUUUUCAUGCAAAGCCAAUUUCUCGACUAGUAUCAUAUUCUGUAAUCUAAUCUGGACUUAUGUUGAAAUUAAACAGACACAUGUUUCAUUAUAAAGUUCCUUUUAGUUGGAUGUGCAUGUCAAGUGUGUGUAGACUAGACCUGAAAAUGUUUGGGUCUUUUCCCCCUUUUCUCAAUUUUUUCAAUCAUUUAUUUUACUAUUUACCCUGUCAUGACACGAAUCUUUUCCAAACUAAACCCCGCCUCUUCAAAAAAUUCUGAAAUGGCUGACAUUAUCUCUAAUAUUACACACUGAACAGGUACAUUUUAUAUUUUGUUUUGUUUUUGUACUCUGAAUUAUUACUCCACAAAAAAUGUUACUUAAGAAUUUAUGUUUGUAUGAUAAACAAGUUUGAAAUACCUCUUGCCAUUUAAUGUUUUCUCCUCCAAUCAGGUACUAUGAAUAUGCUUUGGUUUUGGAUUAUUAUAUUGUGAAUGUGUUAUAAAUUAUGACGUUCUUAUGUACGAAUGAUGAUUUUACAGAUUCAUUUCUUGUGUAUAUAAUU